GCAUCCUUUUGGCUUCUCUUGACAGAUGAGAUCCCCUCAGAUGCAGAAGUAAAGGCGCUCAACGAAGAGCUUCACAAGAGAUCUGCGCUGCCCGAGAGCGUGGUGAAGACGAUUGACAGUUUACCAAAGGAGACAGAUUCUGAAAAGUCGUUGUAUGGCUGGCAGGGCUUAGAUACUGUGAAUUGCAUUGUAGAUGAGUGGCGCGAAGAAGCAAAGCAAUGGGACUUGGGAAAGAUUCCUGAUAUGGUCCCUGCUGGUUUGCAGUACAAUCCAGAUUUAAGGUCAUACUAUGAAGGUGAAGGGCCAGGUCAAUUUGAAAACCGACCAAUCCAAGUGGACGACCGUGAAGCGCCCACUGAGCUUCGCUUCCAAACUCGAGAACAGGCCUCCGACUUCCAGCUGGCGCUGGAAUUCUUCGGACGAUGGGAUGAAGAACCAAGGUCGACGGGAAUGGUGUUGGACCUGGGUUGUGGCGAUGCUUUGAUGGCACGGCGCUUCGUGCAGAGCAAACACUUCCAGACCGUUUUUGCCGUGGACAUCCUCUGGGCGCCACUGGCGGCCGCCCGAGCGGCGGCGGAAGCUGAAAACACCUUCAAGGAUGGUUUGUUGAUGCUCCGCGGUGAUGCACAAAGCCUGCCUUUCCGCGAGAAGCAACUGGAUUUUGUAUGGUGGGGCCUGGGCAUCCACAAGGUGCAAGACGCCGAGAAAGCCUUGCGCAAUAUCAAAGAAGUCUUGAAGCCUGGAGGACGUAUGAUCGCCACCACGCGGACAUUUCUCUAUCCUCCCUUUGAGCUUCGAUUGAUGGCGAAGACUGCCGGGCUGGAAAACAUCUCCGUGGAGUGCGUAGGGGAAGGCACCUCAGCCGAGCGGCUUUUGCUCAGAGACACCCAUCCGAUGACUCAGCUCAGCAUUGGCCUCUUGGCCCUGCAGCCCACCAGCGAGUUCGGCAAGGCAUACAGAUCUGGCACCUUGAAGAAGAAUGAGUAUUGGGUCUACACCUUGGAGGACGCGCUGUCCCUGGUGGCCAAAGUUCCUAUCCUGGCCGCUCGCAUCUUCCGGAAUGUAUUCAUGGAGGGCAAGCAUAUUCCAAGCGACCCAUCAAUGGAUUGGGCUGGCAACUAUGCCCAGAUGUUGGGUGUUUCUGAUGAUGCCUUGUUCAAGGAUGUGACCCGCAUGUACCUCAUGCUUCAUGCGGACCAUGAGGCGGGCAAUGUCUCGGCUCAUACCACUCACCUGGUUGGCAGUGCCUUGAGUGAUCCGUACUAUUCCUAUGCUGCUGGAGUUUGUGGCUUGGCUGGACCACUGCACGGUCUCGCCAAUCAGGAAUGCCUUCGUUGGUUAAAGAACACCAGGCAAGAACUGGGAGGCAAGGAACCCACAGUGGAGGUGCUGACACAGUUUGCAAAGGAUACAUUGGCCUCGGGCAAGGUGAUCCCAGGCUUUGGCCACGGCGUUUUGCGCAACACUGACCCGCGCUAUGUUAUUCAGCGACAGUUUGCCCAGGCAGGCUCCUGA